UAUUCUCACAGACACAUGGGUGAGAGCUAAAAUGGCCCCAUACGCCAGCUGGGGUCCAAGUGCCUCGCUGUAUAAACGGGGAAGCAGGGGCCCAGGAAGGAAAACCAUUCUUGCCUUACAGUCCGCCAGCAGGUUCUGGCUGGGCACCUGCUCUUCUGACUUCAGUCAGUCAUUCCCUGCGUCGUCAGGAGCAGCUGGGGAGAGGGCGUAGGAGGAGAGAGGGGUGGCAGCUCCCUCGAAGGAAAGCAGCCACAGCGCCUCCCCUUCCCAGAUGUGCAGCUGGGGACAUCAGGAGGCAGCAGGCUCGGGUUUGUGCCUGCUCUGCUGCCUGUGAGGGUGCCCUGACAACCCCGAAGCUGAACCAAGCCAUGAUGCAGCCACCGGAAACCCUGGAGAGGGCCUGGCUUCAGGAGCUUCACCUGUGAGAAAGCCUUUGGAGAGCCCCCCACAGGGACGCCCCUGGCUCCUGUGAGGAAGGGGCUCCAGGCCUGGGCCCCUCUGCCCCGGGGCGGGGGAGGCUGGGCUGCAGCUAUGGACCGUGAGCUGGCCCAGCCCUCGUCCCUGCUGAGCCCGCCUGUCUGCAGCCGCUCCCGCCAUGGUCUCCUCGGCGUACAUCACGGUGGAGCUGGUCAUUGCCGUGCUGGCCAUCCUGGGCAACGUGCUGGUGUGCUGGGCCGUGUGGAUCAACAGCAACCUGCAGAACGUCACCAACUACUUUGUGGUGUCCCUGGCAGCGGCCGACAUCGCAGUGGGUGUGCUCGCCAUCCCCUUCGCCAUCACCAUCAGCACCGGGUUCUGUGCUGCCUGCCAUGGCUGCCUGUUCUUCGCCUGCUUUGUCCUGGUCCUCACGCAGAGCUCCAUCUUCAGCCUCCUGGCCAUCGCCAUUGACCGCUACAUCGCCAUCCGGAUCCCUCUGCGGUACAAUGGCUUGGUCACCUGCACGAGGGCCAAGGGCAUCAUUGCGAUCUGCUGGGUGCUGUCAUUUGCCAUCGGCCUGACACCCAUGCUGGGCUGGAACAACUGCAGCCAGCCGAAGAGGAAGGAGAACGAGUCACAGGUCUGUGACGAGGGCCAGGUGACCUGUCUCUUUGAGGACGUGGUGCCCAUGAACUACAUGGUGUACUACAACUUCUUCGCUUUUGUGUUUGUGCCCCUGCUGCUCAUGCUGGGCAUCUACUUGCGGAUCUUUCUGGCAGCCCGGCGACAGCUGAAACAGAUGGAGAACCAGCCUCUGCCGGGGGAACGGACUCGGUCUACACUGCAGAAGGAGGUCCACGCCGCCAAGUCACUGGCCAUCAUUGUAGGGCUCUUCGCGCUCUGCUGGCUGCCCUUGCAUAUCAUCAACUGCUUCACCUUCUUCUGCCCCCAGUGCAGUCAUGCCCCGCCCUGGCUCAUGUACCUGGCCAUCAUCCUCUCCCACAGCAACUCCGUUGUCAACCCCUUCAUCUAUGCCUACCGCAUCCGUGAGUUCCGCCAGACCUUUCGCAAGAUCAUUCGCAGCCACAUCCUGAGGCGGAGGGAACUCUUCAAGGCAGGGGGCACCAGUGCCCGGGCCUUGGCAGCGCACAGCUCUGAGGGAGAGCAGGUCAGCCUCCGGCUCAAUGGCCAACCCCCGGGGGUGUGGGCCAACGGCAGUGCCCCUCAUCCCAAGCAGCGGCCCAACGGCUAUGUCCUGGGGCUGGUGAGUGGAGGGAGUGCCCAAGGGUCCCGCGGGGAUGCCAGCCUCUCAGACGUGGAGCUGCUCAGCCAUGAGCAUAAAGGAACGUGUCCAGAGUCCCCCAGCCUGGAGGACUCCCUGGCCCAAGGCGGAGCAGGAGUGUCCUGAUGGCCCAUAGAGUCUGCUCCUUCCGGCAGGAAGGAAAUUCUGUCUUCUGUCACGCUGGGAGAAGAGACUAACUGUGCCCAGAGGCCUACGGGCAUCUGGUUCCCACUCUGGACGGAGAUGAGGGAGCCCCAAGCUGGAGCAGCAUGAGGCCCAGCAAAAAUAGUGGGGUCUGAGGAAGCAGAUGUUUUGUGCUCUGAGGCCCUGCGACUAGGCCAGGGCUGCAGCCCCAGCAGCAUGUUGGCUGAGCAGGGUCCGGCCCCCGUUCCAGAAGCAUCUAGUGGUCCCACCUUGUCUGCAGAGCAGCUGUGGCUUAGCAGACUGGGUUGACCUCCGGCCAGGCAGCAGCUGCAACAGACCUCCUGCCACGCACACCACCCUCCCAAGACUCUCUAGGGCUCAGGGAACUGCUGGCCAGGGAUGACGUUUGAAUAUGUUUUCCAGGAGAAGAUAUGUGCAAGGAAAUCCUUUUUAUUUUAUUAUCCUCCCUGCCUGUCUGCUGCUAACCUGGCACCAGGAGUCCGCCCAGGAAAUCUCAGGCAGCCCUUUCCACCUGCUGGGAGCUACCAUGCACUUAGUCCCAGGGCCAUCUCUUGGGGCAACAAACCUGGGCUGGACGAUGGGGAGUUGUGACGGGAACAGGGCCAGGAUGUGGCUAGGCCUCUCCUGUGGCUGGCAGGCCAUGGGCCUGUGCCUGGAUAGCUCAGAGCUGCCCAAUUAGAGCCCCUGUCUAAUUGCCUGUUCUACUAAAGGGGAUGUUUCGUUUGUUUGUUUAUUUUUUUUCUGAGAUAAAAUAAAAAUGAGCCACAUGGUGUUUUAAGUUUUUCCAAUGA